AUCAUAAACGGACUUCUAUUGUUUGCAAUUGCGGCAUACCCCCUGUCUACUUCCGAACCACCCUCGUCGUCAUAAGCCGAAGUGUAUACGCUCGACAUCUGACAACAUGCCUGGCCGUCUUCUCUCCAGUUUCGUUCGCCCCUCCAUCUCCCACCAUUCCUCCAUCUCGCAUUCCAACUCCUCAUCCUCUUCCUCUGUGAACGAAAUCCCACACCAUACAAUGGUCUCCAAGAAGCCAUCCGCUCACGGCGGUGCGGAAAGACCCCGUUCUCCCGAGCGUCGCUUGUCUUUCGCGGUCGAGCACCUCAUUCACCCCCACCGGGACCACAGCAAGGACAAGCGACGAAGCCAUGGCCGGUCAUCUCGUUCAAAGGAGCGUGCCGGACAGGAGGACGGUGCCCAUGCUCAUGCCAAGCUAGACGUCAUCGUCGAAUCGCCGCCGCUGGUGUGCUACGGAUCCCCUGCCAACUCCACAGGCGCGCUGUUUUCGGGGCGUCUGAAGAUCAGUGUCUCAGAACUGGCCGGCAUGAUCACCUUGGAUACGUUUGAUAUGCGUCUGAUGAGCAGGCUGACGACGAAGAAGCCGGUGUCCAGGGACUGCGCCAAUUGCGCCGCGCGUACCGAAGAACUGACUCACUGGAACUUCCUGACAGAGCCAAUUCACCUCAAGAAUGGCGAUCAUGAAUUCCCCUUCAGCUAUCUGUUCCCCGGCAACCUUCCCGCCUCCUGCAACGGUUCGCUAGGCCAGGUCGAAUAUUUCCUAUCUGCACGUGCUCACAACGUCAACGGUGAGGAAUACACCUAUAAGAUGCCGGUGCACAUUAAGCGUGCUAUCCUUCCCGGCAAUGACAAAUCAUCCAUCCGCAUCUUCCCGCCCACCAAUCUCACCGGCCGCAUCGUCCUUCCCUCGGUUGUGCACCCCAUUGGCACUUUCCCCGUUCAGAUGACUCUCAGUGGAGUUGUGGAUAAGGGCGAAGAGACUCAGACUCGCUGGCGUCUGCGUAAGAUGAUGUGGCGCAUCGAGGAGCACCAGAAGAUCGUAUCAACCGCCUGCACCAAGCAUGCUCACAAGAUUGGGGGCGAGGGCAAAGGAGUCCUGCACCAAGAAACACGCAUCAUUGGCCACAAUGAAGAGAAGGAAGGCUGGAAAACCGAUUUUGAUACCGCCGGCGGCGAAAUCAGCAUGCAGUUCGAGGCGAACAUCAACCCUUCUUGCAACCCCGUGUGCGAUCUCGAGGCCCAAGGUGGCUUGGAAGCGCGACACAAUCUCGUCAUCGAAUUGAUUGUAGCAGAGGAGUUCUGCCCGAAUCGCAACCCCCGGCUCAUCACCCCCACUGGAGCGGCGCGCGUCUUGCGUAUGCAGUUCCACCUGCAUGUCACGGAGCGAAGCGGACUUGGUAUCAGUUGGGAUGAAGAAAUGCCACCUGUGUAUGAAGACGUUCCUGCUAGUCCUCCUGGAUACACCAUGCUGGAUGGAUCUAGCAUUAUGGAGGAUUACCAUGGGUCUCCCAUCCACCUCCCGGAGUAUGAGGAACUGGACCGCAUGGAGUCCCUUCGAUUGGACAGUGACUCAACUCACUCAUCUCGGGGCCGAUCUCGACUGACGACCGAUGAUCUGACUACUGAGCCGCUGGGACACGGAGUUGGCGAUCGAGCCCCAUCCGUGGAUUCUCGAAGCUCCAGACAUGCCUAACGCUUUCGUUACCACCAUAUUUUCUAUUUAUUAUUUCUUCUUUUCAACACACGUGUGGACUGGACAUGUCCAUCCAACUCUACGCCACUUACGACGUUACGAUUAUUCACGAAUUGAACGAUGGUUAAAUCAGAGGGAUUCGGAUCGAUCCAUCAGUUGCUCUCAACAGUCACUC